AUGCCUGCAAAAGAACUACUCGCAACGAACAAGACCGUUCAAAUUCUUGCCAAAGCAGAGAAAGAAGGCUAUGGAGUUAUAGCGGCCAUCGCCUACAACAUCGAACAAAUCCUCGGUUUAAUAAAAGCAGCAGAGAACGUUCGAUCUCCUCUAAUCCUCCAAUUCUUCCCCUGGGCCAUCAAUUUCAGCAAUGGCCUUCUCAUCCACACCGCAGCCAUCGCAGCCAAAGCCGCUAAAGUCCCCAUCUCAGUCCACCUCGACCACUGUCAAGACAAAGACAUGGUUCGAUAUGCGGCCGACAACCUUCCAUUCGAUUCCAUCAUGGUGGACAUGUCGCAUUAUGAGAAAGAAGAGAAUCUUCGCUUGACGAAAGAGCUUGUGGCGUAUUGUCAUGAACGCGGGAUUUCGACGGAAGCGGAGCCUGGUCGGAUUGAAGGGGGUGAGGAUGGGAUUGCGGAUACGGCUGAUUUGAGUGGACUUUUGACGACCCCGGAGGAGAUUGAAGAGUUUGUGGAUACGGGUGUGGAUUUCCUUGCUCCGGCUUUUGGAAAUGUGCAUGGUGAGUAUGGGAAGCGGGGGCCGGUGUUGGAAUAUGACAGGCUGGAGUCGAUUUAUCGAGACUGUAAAAAGAGGGAUGUGCGGGUGGUUUUACAUGGUACGAAUGAUUUCCCGGAGGAUAUCAUGACGAAGUGUAUCAAAGGGGGAUGCUCGAAGAUCAAUGUUAACAAGCUGGUCUUGGAGGAUUAUAACAAUUACUUGAAAGAGGCUGCGCCGACAACCGUGAUUACGAAAUUAAUGGAGGAAGGUGUAAACAAAGUUGCCAAGCUUACGGAACUCUGGAUGCACCGGUGUGGGAGCGCAGGGAAGGCGUAG